AUGGCAACUACUCCCAAAGACACGGCGGCGUACAUCAAGGGCUUGACGGCUCCUCCUGCGCCCGGGGCUCCUCACGGCGUUGCCAUCGCAGGCACAGAGCGGCCCGGUCGCACCGCCAUCUACCGCCAUCACAAGAUUGCUGAUGGCCCGCUGCUGACCACGUUCGACCCCGAGAUCCAAUCGGUCCACGAUCUGUUCGAAAAAGCCGUCAAGAAGCGCCCCAGCAAGCGCUUCCUUGGCACUCGUCACUGGAACCCGAGCACGCAGUCAUGGGCCGACACAUACGAAUGGGAGACGUAUGGUGAGGUGGCCGAGCGUCGCAAGAAUCUGGGAGCCGGCCUCGUCGAAAUCCACAAGAGCGUUGGCCACACGCUGGACAAGUAUCCCGUUGGACUGUGGUCUCAGAACCGCGCCGAAUGGCAAAUCACCGAUCUUGCUCUUGCGUCGCAGUCUCUCUUCACCGUAUCGCUCUAUGAUACUCUUGGCCCGGACACUUCCGAGUACAUCAUCAACCACGCCGAACUCGCCUGUGUCGUCUGCUCUCUGCCUCACAUCCCGACUCUCUUGAAGUUGGCUCCUCGAAUCCCAUCCCUCAAGCUCAUCGUCUCGCUUGACGAGCUGGAGCAAGGCGAGCAAAAGGGUCUGACCAAGGCCGCUGUCUUGAACGACAUUGCUUCUCAGCAUGGCAUCAAGAUCUACUCCUUCAAGGAGGUUGAGGAGAUUGGCGCCAAGUCGGGCCGCCCUAUGCGCCCAGCCAAGUGGGACGACCUCUGCACAAUCAACUACACUUCGGGAACCACGGGUGCGCCAAAGGGUGUUGUCAUCACUCACGGCAAUGCCGUUUCUGCCAUCUCUUCCAGCCGCCUGCAGGGUGCUGUGACCGAAAAGGACAUCCACAUGUCCUACUUGCCUCUUGCUCACAUCUACGGCAGAAUGGUUGAUCAAGUUGCCCUGUCCGAAGGUGCCAGCAUUGGCUUCUUCCGCGGCGAUAUCCUGGGCCUAGUCGACGACCUGAAGAUUCUCAAGCCCACUGGUUUUAUCUCUGUGCCCCGCUUGUUCAACCGCUUCAACUCGGCAAUUCGAACUGCCACCAUCGAGGCCGAGGGUGCCAGGGGAGCCCUGUCUCGCCGGGUCAUCGACACCAAGAAGGCCAGCAUGCGCCAGCCAUUUGGCAAGGCGAACAACACGCACUUCCUGUACGACCGUAUCUGGACCCCCAAGGUCAGGGCUGCUGUGGGCUUGGACAGGGCCCACACCAUGAUCAGCGGCAGCGCACAGCUGGAUCCUGAUGUUCAAGAGUUCCUCCGCGCUGCUUUCGGCAACAACUUUUACCAGGGUUUUGGCAUGACCGAGUCAUACGCCGUCGGUACCGUCCAGAUUCCAGGAGACUUCAGUCUCGGCAACAUCGGACCUCCAACUGGCUGUGUCGAACUCUGCCUCGAGUCCGUGCCCGAGUUUGACUACACCGUCGACGACAAGCCCAACCCCCGCGGUGAGCUUCUUCUCCGAGGCCCAUGCAUUUUCAAGGAGUACUACAAGAACGAGGAGGAGACCAAGAAGGCCAUCGAGUCCGAUGGAUGGUUCCACACCGGUGAUAUCGCCGAGAUUGACAAGAUGGGUCGCUUCAAGAUCAUUGACCGCAAGAAGAACGUUCUCAAGCUGUCCCAGGGUGAGUACAUCUCUCCCGAGCGCAUUGAGAACGUCUACUUGGGCAACACCAACUUGGUUGCAAUGGCCUAUGUCCACGGCGACCCCAAGGAGUCUACACUCGUCGCCAUCUUUGGCAUCGACCUGGAGAACUUCCCACCUUUUGCCAGCAAGGUCCUUGGCGAGACCGUCACGGCCGCCGACCUCCCGGCUCUCAAGGCAGCUGCCAACAACCCCAAGGUUAAGCAGGAGUUCCUCAAGGUGCUCAACAAGAUUGCGCAGAAGCAAAAGUUCAACAGCUUUGAGCGUGUUCGCGCCGUCUAUCUUGACAUCGAGCCCUUUAGCAUCCAGAACGAGCUGUUCACACCCACUCUUAAGCUGAAGCGGCCUCAAACUGCCAAGGCCUUCCGUGCUCAGAUCGACAAGAUGUACGAGGAGAUUAACGCCGAGACCGGCCCUGCCAAGUUGUAA